AUGAAUUUCGACGACUACGAUAUUCCUAGCUCGAUGAUACGUCACCAUGUCAGCCGGUCAGCUAUUGGCGGCAGUUCUAAAAGAACGGCGCGCGGUAUGCCGGCGUACGCGGAUAUCACGGAGGAGGAAAAACGGCUGGCUUCCGCAGGGGCUGCAUUCCCUCCCAGAAAGCGCCGUCGUCAGGACGAAAGGGAAGGCCAAGACUUUCCUAAACAAGUCAGAAUGACCGACGAAUCACUUGCUGUCUUGACGGAUAUGCUGAAGAAUGUGGGCGUUGACCUUGGUCGCAGACUGACUGUAAAUGAUCUGGAUAUGCUGCGUUGGAGACUGGGUGGCAAUGUCAUAGAUGAGCUACUCAGUCGAUUGAAUGUAUUCGGCACUGAGGGAAAUGAAACAGUGCUCCCUCAUAAUAUGGUACAGAAGGAACGGGCUCACAUGCUCUAUGACCAACACCCGGUUCCGCUGAUGGGCGAUUCUGGGCGCUUUGGCUACCGAGAUUUAACUUCCGGGGACGGAUUCGGUAUGCAAUUUGGAGAGCCAAUGCCACUACUGCCGGAGAUGUCUGGUCGUCGAAUGUCUAGAGAGCGGUCGCCAGUUUAUGAACAGCGACCUAAAGGUUCAGACACACGCCGCUACGCCGCUGUUCGUGAUGACAGUUAUGAAUAUCGCGAUAAAAGCAGCGUGUUUUCUUCAAAGAAGUCGUACGGUCGCUCUGGGAUGUCUAAUACCAAGCCAGUUUCGCCUACCAUGGUUCCCCAUCCACGGCAGGAAAGACCGAUCACAGAUUAUGAAAUGCGCGAUGAAUACGAAUCAGUAAGAUUUGCUUCACGGCCAGAUCUUCAUCUAUCAGAUGUGCGAAUCGACCGCGCACCGGGGCCUGAUCUUGAUUUCGGCCCCUCCCGUGAAUACAUUCAGUCAUUCGCCAGAGAAGAUCGUGUUUAUGGUCGACCCGUUGUCACGCAAAAGAUGCGCCUGAACGAAUCUAGAGCCUACUCGUCAAGAUCUGCCAUGUUUCCCGGUAGCAGAUACGCCGAUAACUUUGAAACGGCUCAGAAUUCCCGCUGGUGA